AUGGCCUCCCCAACACCAGCUGCCGAUACAGCCAUCACUGCACAGGAAUUGAACCGAUUGGCACAGAUUAAAUGGAAAAUCGACGACUACAAAUCGAAAAAGAAGGAGCUGCUGGCGGAGGUGGCCGAGUUUCGGGCAGCGGAAAAUUUCGUGCGCGAGCUCCAGGCUACCAUCGAAGAAUUGCACCGCGAAAAGGAGGAACACUCGGAGAUUAUUCAGCUUAUCAACCAGGACAAGGUCGAGCUCGAAAAGGAGAUGGACGCCGCGAAAAACGAGCAGCGAGAGAUCGAAUCCCGGCUCGCCUCAAAAUAUGAGGGAUUAUUGAGAUUGAUGGAGCAAUCGAACGAGCGUAUCCGUGAGAGUGGCCUCGGCGAGGAGCACGAGCUCAGCCAGACGGAUCUCCCUCCAAAUAUGCCACGAGAGGCCGUCGCUACACCCUUAAUUCGAGGCCCAGCUCCGUCUCCUUUGAGGGCCCUCAACCCUCUAUUGCCCCCACACAUGAUGGGUUUUGAUCAGAUGCUCCUGGGAAGGAAUCCAUUCGGCGCUCGCCCAUCUCCACUCCCGCUCCCCCCACAUCUCGCGAAAAGUGAGCACCAGAGCCCACCGAUGAAGACGUGCCAAUCCUGUUUCCAACAAAUCCACCGGAACGCCCCGAUUUGCCCGAUGUGCAAGAGCAAGAGCCGGUCGAAGAACCCGAAAAAGCCCAAGAAGAAGGAU